UUGACGAAAGCAACGUAAACCCUUUCCCGCAACCUAAACCCUAAAAAAACCACUGCAACAUCUUCUUCCGUCUUUCUCUGAACAACGUCCAACAAUGGCGAAAAAGAACAGCAGCGACACAAUGAAGAAGAACAAGAAGAAAUCAAAGAAAUCAGGUCUCAACAAAGUAUCCAUGAAACUCAAAGCAGCACCCAAAGAAAACCCUUUCGAGACAAUUUGGUCGCGUCGCAAAUUCGACGUCAUAGGCAAAAAACGCAAAGGCGAAGAAUGUCGUAUUGGCCAGGCUCGAGCACGAGCCAUUGAGAAGAGGAAGAAGACGCUGCUGAAGGAAUAUGAGCAAAGUGGGAAGGCUUCGGUGUUUGUCGAUAAGCGAAUCGGGGAGCAGGAUGAUGCUCUUGGCGAGUUUGAUAAGGCUAUUUUGCGUUCCCAGCGCGAGCGCCAGAUGAAUAUUAAAAAGACAAGCAAGUACAAUUUAUCUGAUGGAGAGGAGGACGAUCUUGAUAUCUAUGGUGGGGUAAGUGACGACUUUAAUGACGAAGUGGGACAUGGGAGUGACGAGGAUCUGGAUCACUCUGAAUACGGAAAAAGGUCUUCCGUCAUAAGGCAGCUAAAUACAUCCAAUGAACGGAAAUUAAUGGAUGCCGCGGAGGGGGAAGAAAGUAGAUUUAGGAGCAAGAAGGAGGUUAUGGAAGAGAUCAUUCAAAAAAGCAAGUUUUUCAAGGAACAAAAAGCAAGGGAAAAGGAAGAAAAUGAGAAGUUGGUUGAGCAGUUGGAUAAAGAUUUUGAAUCUUUAGUUCAUUCGCAAGCCUUCUCGUCUCUUACUCAACCGAACAUGAUAAAUGCCUUGAAGGCUCUUGUGAACCCGAACUUUUCGAAAGAGCUUAGAAAGCAAGACGUUACAUCUGCUUCUGAGGUUUCCAAGCAGGACGAACCUGAUUCUUAUGAUAAAUUGGUAAGUGAGAUGGUAUUUGAGAUGCGUGCUCGCCCAUCAGAUAGGACAAAGACACCAGAGGAGAUUGCCGAGGAGGAGAAAGACCGGCUAGAGCGACUUGAGCAAGAGCGGCAGGAUAGGAUGCGUGCUGCUGAUGAUGCCAGUGGAGAGGAUGAUGAUGAUCUGGAAGAUGAUGGCACACCAUUUGCUAACAAGCAAAGUCAUAUAUCUGGUGAUGACCUUGGUGACUCGUUUACUGUUGAUGAGAAGGAGCUCAAUAAAAAGGGAUGGGUGGAUGAAAUUCUAGAAAGGAAUGACUCAGAGGGUACCGAGGAUGAAGGCAGUGGAUGUUCUGAUGAUUCAGCAGAUAGUGAAGAUGAUGAAGAAGGCACAGAAGAUGAGGAGAAUGACGGAAAGGUAGAAACUUUGGAGGACUGGGAACAGAGUGAUGAUGAUGAUAUUGGUGCAGAUUUACUCAAUGAGGAGGACGAACCCACUAAUGAAGGUGGAGGAAAAGAUGAUGACACACAUGAUGACUCAGAGGACAAAAAGAAUGAGACGCUCGCCGAUCCUGAGAAAAAGAAAAGAAAGAAAACUGCAGUGCAGGAUAUAGAUAGGAGAAUAGGAGGUAUGGUACAGCCUUCAAGUCUGAAACAGGAACUUCCUUUCAAAAUCAAUGCUCCUAUUAGUAUGGAAGAAUUAUAUGCUAUAUUUCAAGACCGUUCCAAUGAAGAUAUAAUUGAGGCAAUCAGGAGAAUCCGCCUAUACAACGCUAUUGCUCUUGCUGCAGAAAACCGGAAGAAAAUACAAGUUUUCUAUGGUCUUCUUCUGCAGUACUUUGCUACUUUAACGAAUCAAAAGCCAUUGAAUUUUCAUUUAUUGAACUUGCUUGUUAAGCCACUGAUGGAGAUGAGUGCAGAGAUUCCAUAUUUUUCAGCGAUUUGUGCUCGUGAACGAAUUUUAAGGAUUCGUACAAAAUUCUCUGAGGAUAUCAAGGACCCAGAAAAAAGCUGCUGGCCUUCCUUGAAGACCUUGCUUCUGUUGAGACUUUGGUCCAUGAUAUUUCCCUGCUCUGACUUCCGUCAUGUUGUCAUGACACCAGCUAUGUUGUUGAUGUGUGAAUAUUUGACGCGUUGUCCUGUUCUGUCUGUGCGUGAUGCUGCAAUUGGCUCUUUCUUAUGCUCCAUAGUUCUUUUGGUAAUCAAACAGUCCAAAAAGUUCUGUCCUGAAGCUUUGAAAUUUCUCAAGGCUUUACUUCUUGGAGCUAUGGACAGAAAUCCAGGAUGCUGCUGGGACACUCAGCUUCUUGAACUCAAAGCACCCAUGCGCUUACUUUGUAUAGAAGAGAGUAUACAGGAUAUUAAGCCUUUGGACUUCUUGAAGAUAAUGAACUUGCCUGAAGAUUCUUCCAUUUUCAGUGGUCAUGGUUUCAGGGCCAGCGUACUUGUAUCAGUUUUGAAAACCCUCGAGGGAUUUGUAUAUAUCUAUGGAGAACUUAAAGCCUUCCCUGAAAUAUUUUUGCCAAUAUCAGCGUUAUUGGGUGAAGUUGCUGAGCAACAAAACGAGCCUGGUCCUUUUGGAGAUAAACUAAGACAUGUGCGCGAGCUUAUAACUAUUAAAGCCGAAGAAUAUCAUGAACUUCGACAACCACUUCAGAUGCGGAAGCGGAAGCCUGUGCCUAUUAAAUUGCUAAAUCCCCAGUUUGAGGAGAAUUUUGUAAAGGGUAGAGAUUAUGAUCCUGAUCGUAUCCGGGCUGAGAAUAGAAAGAUGAAGAAACUUUUAAGGAAAGAAGCGAGGGGAGCUGUUCGUGAGCUGAGGAAAGAUAACUACUUCCUCCAAGAGGUGAAGGAGAAAGAGAAGCAAAGAUUAGAGGAGGAGAGAGCAGAAAAGUACGGUAAGGCGAAAGCUUUUCUUCAAGAGCAAGAACAUACUUUCAAGUCCGGGCAGCUUGGAAAAGGUCGUAAGAGAAGAAGAUAAAAGUAACUCUAACUUUUAAUGAGGUAUUAUUUUGAGCCUGAAACAUUCACUUUGUCCAUUAUGUUGAUCGACAUAAUGGAUGAUUAACAUUGCUAUAAUACGGGAGUCGGAAAAGUGAUUAUGGGUUGACUGGGUACAAGAAAAGUGACAAUAAAUUGAUUAUAGGAAAACUCUGGUUAAUUUGGGUGGCUGAAAGAGUUUGUAUCCGCCGCAAAAUGUAAAUUUAGAGUGAUUGUGGGAAUUUCGUGAACUAAUUUGGUUUAUUGUAGGAAACGCUAUACUACAGUUUUGCAUAUGUAUGUAGCGUUUCCCUACAAUAAGUAUAUUUUUUUUAACCCAUUUUGUCUUUUUUUAUAAAUUUUCUUUUUGAGCAA